AUGUGCAAAAGAUUGGUUUUUCACUUGAAUACCAACCCAAACAGAGCACAAUCACAGAAGCACAGUUAUGGUGGGACCCACACCUUCUCUCCAUUUUCACUCUCCCUCUUUAUAUACGAAACCCAAUCUUCCUCCAAAUCCAAAGCCUCAAACAACAACGACGUAUCAUACCAUAACAUGUUCACAGCACAUUUUCCUACAUUCACCGCCACUUUAUCCGGUAAAAGGGUCUCCUCGCCGCCGCGCCAAGUCAGAUUCCGGUUAACAGUGUCCUUCGCCAUCGCCACUUGCACGGAGGAGCAACGACAUAAGACAGCUUCGUAUUUGGGCCCUCAUCACGGUAUGGCUUCGUGCGCGAUGCUGUACGAGAUUCUGGGGAUCCGCGCCGCCGCGUCCGGCAUGGAAAUCAAGGCGGCGUACCGGUGGCUGGCGAGGAUGUGCCACCCCGACGUGGCACCGAUGGAGCGAAAGGAAUCCUCUGCGAGCGAGUUCAUGAAGAUCCAUGUUGCGUACUGCACGCUCUUGGACCCCGAGAAGCGCGCCAGCUCCGAUCGAAGCUUGUUCCGGCGCCACCAGCGACCGCUCACAACGACGUCGUCGGGGGGUUCCAGUUGAAUUUUCUAAUUUUCGGAUUCAGCUACGUGUAAAUAUUUGAUUAGUUAUUAAAAAAGUAAAAAAUAAAAUUACAAGUCUGUCGGAAAUCACAUUGUGGCCUCUGUAGGUUAAAUUGUGACUUCAGUUCCUUUCAAAGAUAAAUGAUAA